AUGAAUGAAAACUUCCCAUCUAAAACUGUGCCUAUGUCCACGCGUGAUCCACCAUGGAUGACUCCGCUGGCCAAAGCUCUGCUUAAGAAAAAAGCCAAGGCUAAAUGCCGCAGCCCGGAUGGAUGCCCAAUUAAUCUUAAAGACAGAAUUAACGCGAUUGUUACAGAAAAUCGUAAAUCGCUUGCGUGUGGAAACAUGGGCUCUAAGGCCUGGUGGAAAAAGGUCGAUGUGCUGUCAAAGAGAAAAGAAAGAUCCAACCCAAGCUUUGACGAGGACUCUGUGAGAGAACUCAAUCAUUAUUUUGCAAAUUUAUGUCACGAUGAAGAUUAUAUCAGACCGUACCCAUGGACAUCACGGAAAACAUUCCUGCACCACAGCUUACACUGA